CUCGUUUUACUGCGCAUGCGCGCGUAUUCAACAUGGCGGCCCCUGUGAAGCUGCAGUGUCUUGAUGACUUUCCAUCACAUAUUCAUCCUCUGCACGUGCUUAUCAACAAAUCACAAUUCACUCAACAGUUUCCAGACUACACUGAACCCACAUACGCGCUGUUAUUUUCAUCGACGGACAAACAGUCACCCUCUAAUCGGGGCUUUUUGGUGUGCGCGCACAUCACUCCAGAUGAAGACACCGAUGUAAACAUUUACACGUGUCUCGCUGUUUAUGCGAGUAGAUCUUUCUUUAAACACUACGGAUUGAAGGAGCAUUCACUGGGAACGGUUCGUCCACAGUCCCUGCUGCCUUUAAAGAAGAUUGUGAUCGGUGCUCGGACAAAGCAGAGCUUUAAAUGGGCUUCUUCAGAGAAGUUCUGCAAUGGUCUGUUGGUCCUGGCGUCCUGUCACGGACAGACUCUGCUGGCGAGGCAGGGCGACGCGCUUCUGAUACCCUACCAUCAUUUACUAGGUGAAGAAGCAGCGCAGGUGCAGAUGUCAGAUGUGAUGGUGCUGGAGUGCGCACCUGUCAGCCAGGGCAAGAUAACAGUGGACACGAGUGUGGUGGUGUCAGACUGCAGAGAUCUGGACCUGACCAACACCAGCAUCAUGAGCAGACUGUCAGGUUCCUCUCUGUUCGUCUCUGAUUUCGCCCAGUAUGCCAACAGUUUGAGUUCUGGCAGCUCUUUGUUGAACAGCAAAGUAUUGGACUUCAGUGCUUUUUUACAGGCUCUUGAAUGCAGACUUGACAUCCGGGUGGUUCAUGUCUCAGAUCUCCAGAAACCAGGAGGAAUUCUGUCCAGACUAGAGCAGAAUGAAGGCUUGGACAUCGACAGCACUAUUUUCGUGAGCAAGAGCUUGUUACUGAAGCUGGGUGUGUUUAACGGGGAGUGGGUCAUUGCAUCUGUCCCAGCAGACAAGGCCAAGAAGACGCCUCUGGCUCAGAGUCCUGUCACUGGUCAACGUGAAAGCAGCUGUAAAGUUCCCUAUAAGAGGCAGGGGCGUGUUCAUCUGGCUGCAAUCAAAGCCUUUGACAUGGUUAGACACCAAGACAUGGAUGGAAAUGACAAUGUGGGCUUCAUUUCACCAGUUCAGUGGUUUAACCUGUCAGAUGGGAUGGCAGUACCUGUUGGAAAUAAGGCCAUUAAAAUUAAGAGGUGGAAUAAGGUGUCAUGGCACACUGAGUCUCAGAUGUCCGCAAGCGCGUGUCGAUCUGCUAUGCCGACGUUUGCGAAAGAGCUGCGCAUUGAAGCCAUCAUAUCGCCCGACUACAGCUCGCACGGGCCGUUCGACAGCAUCCUCUACAAACACUUCAGCACACCCAGGCUUGUUCAGCAGGGGAAUAUAUUGGGAAUCCCAUCGGAAGGACAUCCUGAUCUUAUAGAGAACAGCUCUGAAGGAAUCCUCAGGUGGCCAGUGCUGUAUUUCCAAGUAAAGCAGGUGUGUGGUUUUUCUGCUGAAGAGGAAGAGGUUUCUUCAUAUCUGGCUGAUUCCAGUCACACUUCACUAUACAUGGGAGGCGCCACCCACAGCCCGUCUCCCUGUUCUGUGCUGCUGAAGGGUUUGUCUUUCUGGACGAGUCUCUGUCCUCCUGGUCUGUCCAGCACUGUGGAGCAACUGCUCACUAUCAUCCAACCGCACCUCACUGAAAGCUCUCUUACAUUAAAGCGAGGCUGUUCAGUUCUUCUGAUGGGUCCGAACGGCACUGGUAAAGUUACGGCGGUGAAAGCAGCUAGCAGGAGGCUUCAUCUGCAUCUGAUUAAAGUGGACUGCGUCACUCUCUGCGCCGACACUGCAGCUGCUUGCGAGGCUAAGAUGAAGUCUGUCUUUGAGAGAGCAGAGCUCCAUCACCCAUGUGUUUUGUUGCUAAGAAACCUGCAGCUACUCGGCCAACCACGGGAUGGCACUGAGGCAGACUCCAGGGUCACGUCCACACUCUGCCAACUCGUAGCAGCUGUUCAUGCCAGUGUGGUUGUAGUGGGGUCUGUGAGCAGCCAGAGAGAGUUGUCCUCAGAUGUGAUGGCAGCGUUUGUGCACCAGGUGGUGAUAGAGAGUCUCUCUGAGGAGCAGCGGAGGACGAUGCUGUCCAGUCUCAGUGAGGACCUGCUGUUGGGAAAAGACGUCAAUCUGGGCAAGAUAGCCAAACAGACAGCUGGUUUCGUUUUAGGAGAUCUUUGCGCACUUCUUAACAAUGCUGGAAGAGCCGCUCACAGAAGACUUCUGAAGACGUAUUUUCCAGAUGCGGCGAGUGAACUGGAAGAGGAGGAUUUGUGUGUCUCUGGGGUGAGCAUCACGUCUGAGGACUUCAGCACAGCACUGGAUGUCCUGCAGGAGGCGCAUUCACAAGCCAUUGGAGCACCAAAAAUCCCGUCAGUGAGAUGGCAGGACGUCGGUGGACUGCAGCAGGUUAAGAAGGAGAUUCUGGACACUAUUCAGCUUCCUCUGGAGCAUCCAGAGCUGCUCUCACUGGGGCUGCGGCGCUCCGGUCUGCUGCUCUAUGGGCCGCCUGGCACUGGAAAAACUCUGCUGGCUAAAGCCGUAGCCACCGAAUGUACCAUGACCUUCCUCAGUGUGAAGGGUCCUGAACUCAUCAACAUGUAUGUUGGUCAGAGUGAAGAGAACAUUAGAGAGGUGUUCAGUAAGGCCAGAACUGCUGCUCCCUGCAUUAUUUUCUUUGAUGAGCUGGACUCUUUGGCUCCUAAUAGAGGCCACAGUGGAGACUCAGGAGGGGUGAUGGACAGGGUUGUGUCGCAGCUUUUAGCAGAGCUCGAUGGUCUUCAUUCGUCUGGAGACGUCUUUGUGAUCGGAGCAACUAAUCGCCCCGAUCUGCUGGACCAAUCACUGCUCAGGCCUGGCAGAUUUGAUAAAUUGGUGUAUGUUGGAGUGAAUGAAGACAGAGAGUCACAGCUGCAGGUUCUGAAGGCAAUCUUACGCAGGUUUAAAGUGGAUCCCAGCGUGUGUCUGUCAGAGGUUGUGGAGUCCUGCCCUCCUCAGCUGACCGGAGCUGAUCUCUAUGCACUCUGCUCGGACGCCAUGAUGUGCGCCAUCAAAAGGAAGAUUUCGCUCAUCACUGAAGGUGUGGAUUCGGAGGCCGGCGCUCUGACUCUGUCUUCAGAAGACUUCAGACAGGCUCUGUCAGGCCUUCAGCCAUCCGUCUCUGAACAGCAGCUCAACAGAUACAAACUCAUCCAGCACAAAUUCACCACAAAAUAACACUCUGCCAACUGAAAUCAUUCCUCCAGUGGUAACUGCUGAAGCUGAAUGCUUUGCACCGUGUCCUAACCAGACCUGACAUGAUAAAACUACUCUCAUUGGUCCAUCUAACUAAAUAUUAAACACAAGAUAUCUUCUGAUUGGCUGUGAUUGUGUCAUGUCGCAUUAUCACCUUCAUUGUGCACCAACAGAGAGAGACUUGGUGGUUAGGACACAGUAGAAUAAUUUUCGGUAAUGUUUUAAAAAUGAAAAACUGAAUAAGAGUGUAAAUUAUGUAGUAAGUGGAACCUGCUCAUGUUUACUUUCCUAUCCCGCAGAAUUUCUUUGCAUCUUCCUUAAUGGGUUUCAUGCUUGAACGGAAAUCAGUCAGGCUGAAAAAUGCAGAAUCAGAAGGCCAUUGACUUCAUGCCUAUAGAUAAGAUUAAAUAUAGCAAGAGAUGAUUUAUGACUAGCACCGCAAUAACCAUAACUAAAGAGAAACCGUUCAGCUAGACAGUGUGAGUUAAUAGUCGUGUGUUUGUGAUGGACACUAUAACAGUGUUUUUCGUAAAGAAAAAAACACAAAAGAAAAUAGAACAAUUCACAUGAAUCUUCCUCCUCAGGGAUUUGAUUUUAACAUGCAUUGGUCACACUUUAUAUUAAGUGCUUAGUUUUAGAUCAUUCAAGUAAUAAUUAAUCAAUUAAUUUGCUAUGCAAAUGUUAAAAAGAGCUGAUAACAGUGGUUUAUGUCUGUACAUUUUUAGAAAUGUUAAUGAGAAUAAUAAUAAAAAAAAAAAAAAAAGGUUUACAUUUUCUGGUUUUAUAAAUGUGUAAUUACUACUUAAUUACCAUGUUGUUACUACAUAUAUAACAAAGGACAAUUGGGACGACUUAAUAUAAAGUGUUACCUUGUUUAUUCAAAAAGUUAAUGAAACGAAAACUCUGAAAGUAAACGUAUGUGAUCCUUCAAACAAAUCUAUGUGUCUGCUUUGACAUAGUAGCUCAAGAUAGAAGACAAGAUGAACACAAAAGACAAAAUUGUUUAAAAGAGAAAUUGUGAAAAUUUCAAACUGUUCAAGCAUAUAUUUUGACUUAUUGUGCUGUGGCUUGUUGCUGAAAGCAAGUGUGAAUGGGUGAAUCUCAUGAAAAUCGUCCAGAAAUGUCAUAUUUCACCCCAAAAUCAGAUGAAAAGAUGAAAAAAUUGUAAUUUAUAAUUUGAAAAUAUAAUUUUUAAAAUAUUUUCAUGAAAUAUAUAAAUUAUAGUUUGCUUAAAAUUGUAAUUGUAUUAACAAUAUAUAUAUAAAUAUAUAGUAAUUUUAAUAAUUUGUGCUCAGGCAGGAUGACAGGAGGCAGGAUGAUAUUUAUCACUGUACUAUAGUAAUGAGAAUCUAAUGGGAAUAACUAUUGAGAAAAUAAAUUGUGCAGAUAUGUAAUGAGUAAUGAGAAUUUGAGUAAAAUGUACCUAACUGUAGUGAAAAUAAUGUCAGUGUAAAAAAAAAAAGGCAAAUAUAAUUUCUUCUUAUUUUUUUUAUUCUGAUUUUGAGGCUAUUUAUGAGCCAGAUUUGACAUGCUUCGUGAGAUUCACCUAACAAAUAGAACAGUUUUUAAUCAAAAUAUGAAUUAAUAAUUAUGUGGAUGUCUUCUUAGUUGCAUAAGUGUCAAAUAGCUGCUUGAAAUAAAAAAAAAUCAAUCAUG